GGUGCGCCGCCGCUUGCGCCGGAGGCGCCGCGGAGACGUCCUGCAGCAGCCCGGAGGCCGUGGAGGCGGAACACAUCGGGGUGGAGCUGCUACAGUCGUCGCAGGGCCUGCAGGACCCGGCGUGCUGGAGGACGCCGCGGGGCGGCGCAGCGUCGCCGUGCCGCCCGACGCGGCCCUGGCCGCGCCAGCGCGGCCCACGGCCCCCACCGCGGCGGACCCCGCUGGCGCUGGCGCGCCGCGGCCCGACACGGAGGCGGCGCGCCGCAGUCCAGCUUGGUGGGCGCCGAGGCUGCCCCGCCCGCGCGAGCGCGCGCGCUCCGACCGCAAGCUGGUCUCCAGCCGGGACCUGCCCUCCCCGCUGUACGCGCGGGCCGACGAGCUGGUGGACGCUGGCAGGAAGCAUUUGUUGUGGUGGUGUCGAACGAAACGACGGUCACCGUGGAGAUAGCAGAGCCCGCAGUGAUAGUAGCGGCUUACGUGAUCAUGUUUGUCCCGCUCGGAGUGGGUUGGGCAGCGAUGCUGCAUUUCGGAACACAAGCCAAGCACUACAUGAUCCUCCUUCCCAUGACGUACGUCACCAUUGCUCUAGACUUGGUCAACCAGUCUCUCUCCGCGCUGAUGGGAGCGCCGAUGUCCAUCACGGCCAUCCAAGCCCUAUGCCUGGCCAUGAUUGCCGGGACCUGGGCCCUCGCCAAGGAGUUGGUUUACCCGUACAUGUGUUUAGAAGUGCUCCAAUGUCUGCGGCCGUGGACUGUUGUGGCUGUGCUGUUCAGCGGUUACCAGCUCAUCAAUCACCUCGUUUCGUUGUACUGCUCCCUGUCCGAGCGGACGGUCUUCUACGGCAUCACUCCAGUGGCGAUGGUUGUGACAGAGCUGGUGUUCCUUCCGGCAAGCAUCAAGACGCACUUCUCCUUCAAUUCCAAGCUGGCCAUGGUGGGCAUGCUGGUGGGAGCGGGGCUGUUCGCGGUGCAGUACCCCGACUUCACCGCACUAGGCGUGCUGUCGGCCACGGGCAUGGUCGCGACGCAGGUGCCCUACCGCCUCUUCCAGCGCUGGAACCUGGCCGAGUGCAUGGUGGCCCCCCUGGCUGUGCUGGCGUGCUACGACGGGCUUUUCCUCUUCGUCCCGGCCUUCGUCCUCGCCGAUGUGUCCCUCGACGCAUUCUGGGCGUCUUGGGAAGGACAGAUGGCUUUCCGAUCCGUCCGUGGCCCUCUUGCUGCUGCUCUCUUCGCUCGUCCUGACGUUCCACCACAUCCUAGGUCUCGCCCUGCUCCGGGUCACGUCGGCCACGGCCACGAUGAUAU